UGGUCGAGUGACAUAUCAGGGUAGUAGUACUUUAAAUCACAUUAAGACCAGGUUUUUGGAGCUCGGGCUGCUUGAAAGGGCUAAGGAAUCCCCUUUCAAGCAAUUCUUUUUGGCUUCGGAGUUUAAUUUCUCCGGAGUCUUGGUGCAUCAACUGUUGCUGAGGAAAAUCGCCAGCAACAACGAAGAUGAGGUGCAUUUUUUCUUGGGGUCGAAGUCUUGUAGAUUCGGCAUGGGAGAGUUUGCCCUGGUGAUGGGGUUGGAUUUCAGUGCCUUCCCGUCACCAGAAGAGUUGGAAGGGCGUAAUCUCAGCGAUCGGUUGAUAAAGGAGUAUUUCAACGAUGCUGAGAAAGUAAAGCUGUCACAGGUGGACCAUGCUUUCAAGACUUGUACGGUUGUGGAAGAUGUGUACAAGCUUGGUCUAUGUCUGUUUGUUGAGGGGGUUCUGAAUGCCAUUGAGGGCAAACUGCACAUUUGGCGAGAUAUUCUAAAAAUUGUUGAGAAUGUAGAGUACUUCUUCAGCUAUCCAUGGGGGAAGUACUCUUAUAGGAGGCUAUUGCAUUCUUGUAAGAAGGACAUGGUGAAGCAAAAGGCCAACUAUGAUGCCAAGAAGGAUGCCAAGGUGCAGCAAGAGUCCAAAUACAGUAUGUAUGGUUAUGCCCCCGCCUUACAGUACUGGGCAUAUGAGGCUAUCCAACAGCUUGCGGUGGAGCUUGUUGUGAGCUCGGGAAACAUGUUCCCGAGGAUGCUUAGCUGGUCGCAUCGGAGGAACAAGGAUUUCACCAAGUCCGUCAUCGCACCGAUAUUAUUGAAGAAGAAUUUAAUUGUUCUUCCGAUGUUGAAGCCUCGGCCAGCAGAAAAAGACUAUUACUUGUCUUUGACUGAGGGAGAUCUUCCCCUUUAUCCUGGGCUUGGCCAGGAUCCCUCGGAGACUGAUGAGGAGGAGGAUGCGAAUUUUGAGAAAAUGGCAGAGAAAGUUUCUCAGGCUGCCGAGGCAGCCAAGAUAUUUGUUGAUGCUGCCCCGGGGGAGGAGGUUGCAGGUCCCACCCCUCCUAUUGCCCCAGCCUCAGACCCAGCAUCAACCUGUGCCCCAACAUCAGCCCCAGCCUCAGUGUCAGCCCCAACACCAGCCUCAGCCUCAGCCCCUGAGCUGGCCGACUUGAUUGAGCGGUUCGACAGAGUCGAGGGUCGACAUGAGACCCUCUUAAAGAACCAGUCAGUGAUCUUGGACGUACUCAGUCAGAUCCUGACAUUUGUUAAGGAGAAACCGAGGGGCUCCAAUGAAGAUUCAGACUCAGAGUCAUUGGAUAUUCCGCUAGACUAUGUUGAUGAUCCAACGAUGCCUCCUACCAUCAUUGUGACACCUGAUGCUGAGACUCCGGGAGUCGUUAUUGUCAAACCUGAGGAUGUUGGUGGGGUUCAGUUUCAGAGGGCUAGACGCCAAAGACGCAAGCCAGAUUGGUUUGAGGACUAUAAGGAUCCCACGAGGAAAAGACCUCGCACUGAUGCAACUGCACCAGCAGACGAGGCUACACAAGAGGCUACACAUGUGCUGGACCCUCUCAAGAAGCCAGAUCCCAAACAGUAUAGGACAAUGUGCAAGUGGCUUCUUGGAGACAUGCCCAACAAGACCCUGCGGGAUGUAAAGACUGGGAGUCACGGUCCAGCGUGGUUUCUCAUGUUGAAGACACCCCAAUCCUGGCUCAAUGAUGGGCAUAUUGAUGCGGCAGAACACAUGCUUCGUAUGCGUCGCAAGUAUUUUCCCAAUAUAUAUCGACAGAAUGCAGUUGUGAUGAACAGUUAUUUCUCACAAGUGAUACCUGCCCGAUAUGAUCAGUUCAAGAAAACAGCCGACAAAACAAAGUAUUAUUGGGAUGCUGACAUUAUGUCCAUGUUGACCGGCAUCGAGCAGCAGUGUCUGGCAUCUUGGGGAGGAGUUGAGGAUGUAUAUUGGUGCCAGAACUAUGGACAACAACAUUGGUUUGCCAUUGAGGCUUCCAUUUCUAGUUGGACUCUGACUGUUUAUGAUUCAGACAACUCGGUGAUUAGUGACGCAAAGCUUGAGGAUAUUAUGAGUCCAUGGUGCUUUAUGCUACCUUCUCUGUUAAUGCAGAGUAAACUGUUUACUGAUAGCUUGAUGUUGAAGAUUCCAUCAGCAGGAAAUAGGCCGCAUCAGUUCACAUUGCGUCGCAAACAGAAACACGAGCUCCCUCAGUCAAAGAGAAGGUAACAAACAUCAUCUUCA